AUGGGAUAGUGAUGCGGGAAGCCGGGGGGAAGACAACACUUCUCACACCCCCUAAAACCCACCACCCAGUCGGAGCUUAAAGAUGGCCUUUUCCGACUCGAACCCUCGAGGUAGUAUAUGGCUCCUUUUAUGCGCGUGUUUAAUAGUACCUAUUAAGGUACUGGAAUUGGCAUUGGCGAGCCCCAUGAAACGGGCCCCUCUCGAACACCUGCAGACCACACGACACGGCGACGUCGCGUUCGGCCUUGGCGACAGGACCUACCUGGCCAACAUCCGACACCCCAAGCAGACGAUCCUCCUCGGCGGAGACGGUCGGGCCACGGCGAGCCGGCAAGGCUCGCUGGUGCCGUUCACCGCGGUAUUCACCGACAGAGAAGUCGUGACUGCCGAUUCCUUGCGGGCUGUGAUCGAGAGCUACUUAUCAGCGGGCGACGACGUGUUUUCCGAGGACUUCUUGGAGGGGAUAUACAUCGGGAAAAAUGGCACGAGCGACGGCAGCAGCUAUACAAGAACAACAACAGCAACAACCCUCGAUGCGAGCGCGCUGGAAUACCUAAACAACCUCGCACCGCAGCAUCUAAUCUUAGACGCCGGUUUCGAAAGCAUUGGCUGCUACCCCACAGACAUCGUAGUAACCUACCUCGGGGAUUCAGACACCACUAGCCGCCUCACCCUCCCCGCCGGUCCGUACGCAGCGCUGGUCUCGGAGGACUCGAUCACGCUCGGAGCAGUGUACCGCCUGCACCGGGACUCGCAUCGGGACUUCCUGUACGGCGCGUACGACUCCGGCGACGGGCACGGCACCUUCGCCCCCGUGGAGCUCUUCCAGCCGCGCUCCUGGGAGCCGCUGAUCCCCGUGCCCUCGCGCAUCCACAGCUGGGGCGACCCGCGGCCGCUCGCGGGGCUCCGGGUCGCGAUCAAGGACCUGUUCGACGUGAAGGGCCUGGCCACGUCGGGCGGCAGCCGGGCGUGGGCGUCGAUCGCCGGCGGGGCCGCGAACGAGACGGCGCCGUGCGUCCGGCGCAUCGUCGACGACCUCGGCGCCGUCCUGGUCGGCAAGUACAAGCUGGCGCAGUUCGCGUCGGGCGCGGACCCGUGGGGCUGGCAGGACGCGCACUACCCGUUCAACCCGCGCGGCGACGGGUGGCUCACGUGCUCGGCGUCGUCGUCGGGCGGCGGGUGCGCGGUGGCCGCGUACGCCUGGCUCGACUUCGCGAUCGGCUCCGACACCGGGUCGUCCAUGAGGCGGCCCGCGGCCGUCUCGGGCACGUACGGGAACCGGCCGAGCCAGGGGCUCAUGACGCUCUCGGGGGUCAUGCCGCUGGGCGCGGCGACCGACACCGCGGGGAUAUUCGCCCGGAGCGUGCGCGACUGGGUGCGCUUCGCCAAGAGCUGGUACGUCCCUGAGAUGUACCAGGACGCUUCGAUCACGGGGCUGAGCCCCCUCGACGCGCCCGACUCGUACGCCUUCCCGAAGCGCGUCUUGUACCUCACAGACUAUCUGCCGCUGAGGAACCCUGCCGCGGAAGAGGUGCUUCAGGGGUUCAUCCGGAACCUUACCGCGGUCUUCGGGAUGACGGUCGAGGAGUUCAAUUUGACGGCCGUUGUUGCUAACACGACGGACGAGGUGCCGAAAUACGCCGCUCUGAAUAACGCGACGGCCGUGAUUAAUACCAUGACGCAGUACCGCCAGGUAGGCAAGCCCCUGAUCUCAGCGUGGGCGGAACGGUACGAGGGGCGAUUCCCACCCAUCGAUCCGGCCCAGCGGCAGAGAUGGAAAGCGUACGACGAAUCUGUGUAUACCGACGAGUUGUACAACCGAUCCCUGCGGGUUAAGCGCGCGGCCGUGGACUGGUUCGAAUCGACGAUACUGUACUCGACGCCGGAGUCGUGCAGCGAGAGCAUCAUGCUGUGGGACAUCGGCACGGGCGGGCUGCCGAGCUAUCGGGAGGAGUCCCUAAACCGCGAUCCCAACACGACGACCUUCCUAGCCGUGACCCCGUCGACCGCGGGCAUCAACGGGGCCAGCCUGUGCCCCAUCUACGGGUGCGUGGACAUGACGAUUCCCAUCGGGCAGGUCCCAUAUCUGAGCAACGUGACGUUCGUGGAGGAGAUGAUCCCGGUGACGGUCAGCGUCGUUGCGAGGAGAGGCUGCGACUUUAUGCUGUGGAACAUGUGGCAGAAGCUUGCGGACGAGGGGGUGCUGAAGACUAUUAAGACCGGAAGGACUGCGUUUUGAGCAGAAGUUUGCAAAGCGCUUGUUAACUCUAUUUGUCACCUACCUACCUACCUAGGUACCUAAUCUAAGUAGGUAUAUCAG